CGAGUACGUAUCUAGUUAUAUGAACUGUUUGUGCCAUUUCAAUAGUUUCUAAAAUCUUAAAGCAAAAUGAAUUCCGGAGUAUCUGUUGUUGCUGUAUUAUCUAUCAUUGUUCGCGCUUUUGGCAACCAGGCAUACAACAUUGACGAUUAUGCCAUAAAUGUUACGGUAAUGUCGGGCCGCAUGGCCAUAUUGCCCUGCUCAGUAGAGUUCCUCGGCGGUCACAAGGUGAGGUCGGGCCGCAUGGCCAUAUUGCCCUGCUCAGUCGAGUUCCUCGGCGGUCACAAGGUGAGGUCGGGCCGCAUGGCCAUAUUGCCCUGCUCAGUAGAGUUCCUCGGCGGUCACAAGGUGAAGUCGGGCCGCAUGGCCAUAUUGCCCUGCUCAGUAGAGUUCCACGGCGGUCACAAGGUGAGGUCGUGUUUGUGUCACGAACCAAUGUUUAAAUCCACAUGCUGUUUAAGUAAUGUGUUUUAACUCCUUCACUUUUGAAGACAUAAUGUGAAUAUGUUGAAUCCCAUUUAAUAUAUCCAUCUAUUAUACGACUACACUCGACACCACUCAA